ACCAUCGGGCCCAGGACCGUCAUCCACCCCAAGGCCAGGAUCAUCGCGGAAGCGGGGCCGAUCGUCAUCGGGGAGGGCAACCUGAUCGAAGAGCAGGCGCUCAUCAUCAACGGUUUUCCAGAAAAUAUCACACCAGAAACCGAAGAGGUGGAGCCCAAACCAAUGGUGAUCGGCACCAACAAUGUUUUUGAAGUUGGAUGUUAUUCCCAAGCAAUGAAGGUGGGAGAUAACAACGUCAUUGAAUCCAAAGCAUACGUUGGCAGGAACGUCAUCCUGACGAGCGGCUGCAUCAUCGGGGCCUGCUGUAACAUCAACACCUACGAGGUGAUCCCCGAGAACACCGUCAUCUACGGGGCCGACUGCCUCCGCCGUGUCCAGACCGAGCGGCCGCAGCCCCAGACGCUGCAGCUGGAUUUCCUGAUGAAGAUCUUGCCAAACUACCAUCACCUAAAGAAGACCAUGAAGGCCACGUCCACUCCUGUCAAGAGCUGA